AUCAUCUUCUCUACUGUCCCUCUGAAGCUCUACUUAAAGGGUGGAACUGCAAUCUAAAAUAUAUAUAUAUGAAUGCAAUCUACAAAAGAGAGGGGGGGUUUGAAGAUGCAGUUUUGGAGCUCUAUGCAUGGAUUGCUAGUGGGAAGGAAGAUGGGAAGUAUAGAUACUGUCGCGAUUCUCAUAUUCUUCUCUUACCUUUGUAUCAUUACAACUUCCUCACCUCUUCAGAAAUAUUUCCCUUCUUCAGGUGGGCAUGUCAACAGCUCUGAUGGUGAUGGUGGUACAGCUACAGCACGUGGCCGCAGGAUUGAAGGUGUAUAUGGUCAAGAAGCUGCUAUGGUUGGUGGUUCCACUGGCAGUGGUGACAGUGGAAACAAUGGUGGGUCCAGAACACCUUCUGGACAAGGAGGCGGAGCUUUAAUCCCAGUAUAUGUAGCCGGUGCCGCAAAUAACCGACAUCACAAACAUCACCGUGGGUCUGCCAACCGCAACCGGAACUCCAUUGGACUGUCCACCUUGGUUGUAGCCACCUUGGCCUCUCUCCUUGCAGAUUUAUAUCACUGAUACGAGGAAACCAAUAUGGUCAUAGUGUUUGUGAGGGCUGUCUGUUGUGAGCCUACUUAUAAGAUAAAUGUUUUGAUGCGUAUAUCCGCUACCCCUGUAUUAGGUGUUGGAAGACUAAAGCUAUCAGUGUGCUUUGUUUGCUUUUACCUUGUUUAGAUUAAUCCAUGUUGAAUGCCAAAGUGAGGAUGUUUAAAAGAAAAAUCUUAAAUAUAUGAAUGCAUGGAAGUCCACUCCAUUGAUGUACAUCUAGCAA